GAUUGCCAUCUCCUCUCCCCUAACCCCUUGCCUCCCCUAUGUCCCUUUCUCGCCUACGAUACCCUCUACUCUCCUUAGAGCCGACACCUCCCCUGACUGAAGAGAGGGUGAAGACAUUGGACGAGGAGUAUGCAGAGGGUGACGGCGGCGCUCGAUGGCCUGUGGCCGUGACUAGGACAGCGGCGAGCAGAGCUCGACCGCAGCAAAGGCGACGAGUAAAGCUCGACCGCAGCAACGGUGGCGAGCAGAGCUCAACCUUGAUCCUCCCCAAAUUGAUGCCACCAGAUAAGCCCCACCUCCCCAAAUUGUAACAGAGAUCCCGCAAAAUCCACCAGAUCUCGCAAUAUCGACGCCACCAGACUGUCUCUCCCCAAAUUCCACUAAUCUCAAUCCCCUUCCUAACUAAGAACCCACAAAAUCCCACCCUAAAUGCGCUUAAUUAGGUGGGUUUUGGACAUUAUGGUGAGUAACAGAGAUCUCGUCGGCGAGCAGUUGUCGAUCUACUGGACGGGGAUCGGAAUGGAAGAAGAUGACAUCUUGAAGAGAUAUCAAGGAGAAGGAAGGCUAUUGCGGCGCUGGGUAUUCUUCACGUCGAAUGACAAGGUCAAGGGACGAGCUGAAGAGGCAAUGGUGGCUAUUCCCGAGGGCGAGACGAGGCGGCGACGGCUGGUUGGGAGGACGAAGGCUGCGGGGCGCACUCAGUGGGAAUGUUUUCUUUCCAUGAUUUUUGUUAUAAUUUUUAAUUUCCUUUUGUUAGUUUAUUGAUUUUUAUGAAAAACAAAUAAUAAAAUUUCACGUCAGAU